UCUUGUCCACAAGCACCAACAAACUACUAUAAAUACUCAACACUCCAUUUCCUCAUCAUAUACUCAACUGAAUUCUAGAAACAGCCAAAAAAAAAAGAAACAUAAUAUGAAGGGAAUUUUAGUGGCUUUGUUAAUGUUCCUAGUUGUGGUAGUGCAAUUAGGUGAAGCAAUUACUUGUGGAGAAGUUGAUUUAUCACUGGCCCCUUGUCUGCCUUAUUUGAUACAAGGUGGAGAUCCACCAGUGCCAUGUUGUGAUGGUGUAAAAAAACUUGUACAGAUAACACCAACACAACAAGAUAGGCAAGUUGCUUGUGAAUGUGUGAAAUCUGCUGCUGCUCGUUACACUAACCUUAAGCCAGAUGCUGCAACUAAUCUCCUUUCACGUUGUGGUGUUACUACCAAUAUCCCCAUCUCUCCUACUAUUGACUGCAAAACAGUUCCUUGAGCAUGCAUGGAUAUUGUGGUACAAGAGAUUGUAGGAGAGGAAGCUUUUAUUAAUUUAAUAUUUACUUUAGUUUAAUAAUGAGUGCAAAACAAAUACUAGUUUUUUUACCCUCAAAGUUUCUCUCCUAUUAAUUGUGUAUGUAUUAACACUAUUUUAAAAGUAAAUAUGUCUACGCUCUUUUGUUA